AUUUUAGAGUAAUCUGGAAGCCGGAUGCUGCUUAAACUAUUUAAACCACGGGUUCUCAGCCGCAACACUGUGGCCUUUCUGGGCAGGGAGGAGCCCAUGGCUGGACCCACCACCCAUGUUGCCCCCAUGCUGUUCCUUGCCCUCCUGGUGCUCCUGGAGCUGAGCCUGGCGGGCUCCCUGGGACCUGGAACGCCUGCUCGGAACCUCCCUGAGAAGCACAUCAACCUCCCAGGCCCAGCACUGUGGACGUCUCGGGCCAGCCACCACCCCCGGCGGGGCCUGGGCAAGAAAGAGCGCGGCCCCGGCAUGCCUGGCCAGGCCCAGGGCGGGGCUGCGGUCAUGGCCACAAGGCAGGCCCCCAGGCUGCCAGGGACAGGGGCCCUGCUGCCUGGGAAGAGUCCUGCAGGCCUGCUACAGGACAAGAAUCUGCUCUUGGGACUGGCGCUGCCCUACCCUGAGAAGGAGAACCGGUCUCCAGGGUCAGAGAGAGUGAAGAAACGUGGCAGGGAGCACAAGAGACGCAGGGAGAGGUUGAAACUGCACAGAGGCCAAGGCAUGGUCCGAGGUCCCAGCUCCCUGAUGAAGAAAGUGGAGUUCUCUGAAGACCAUGCACUGGACGCCGUGAUGGAGGACUCCUCCACAAGCCUGGCCCCCACCAUACUCUACCUCACCACCUUUGAGGCAGCACCGGCCACGAAAGAGUCCCUGGUCCUGCCCGUCACAUCUCUGUGGCCCCAGGCUCAGCCAAAGCCUGACGGGGAGGUGAUGCCCACGCUGGACAUGGCUUUGUUUGAUUGGACUGAUUAUGAAGACUUAAAACCUGAGGUCUGGCCCUCUGCAAAAAAGAAAGAGAAGAGCCUGGGUAAACUCACCAGUGAUGGUAACGAAACAUCACCAGCCGAAGGGGAACCAUGCGACCAUCACCAAGACUGCGUGCCAGGGACCUGCUGCGACCUGCGGGAGCAUCUCUGCACACCCCAUAACCGGGGCCUCAACAACAAAUGCUUCGACGACUGCAUGUGUGUGGAAGGCCUGCGCUGCUAUGCCAAGUUCCACCGGAACCGCAGGGUCACACGGAGGAAGGGACGCUGCGUGGAGCCCGAGACGGCCAACGGCGACCAGGGAUCCUUCAUCAAUGUGUAACUGCUGCCCCACGCAAGGCGCCUCCCUGCUGGCCUGGGGCCUGAGCGCCGAAGGUUUGGAGAAGCGGGCGAUUUGUUUAUAACUAGCAGUGGGAGAGCAAAUGGGAGACCAGAAGACAGGCUGUAAGCCCAGGACACUAACCCCCCCGGAAGGUCGCUCCGGGGAACUGCCUGCCCAGGACUCAGCACACCUGCACCCACCACCCCUCCCCCGGGGAACCCACACUACCUGCGCAUCCGUGUGCGGGGCUUCUCAGCGAUAGCAAUGUCAAGAGUGCCCUCUACUGUCCGACCGGAGCACUGCAACAGCUUCAAGUUUAAAAAUGAAGAGGUUUUUGAGCGGAAAAGGAAUGGAAACUCCUUGAGAAAUGGGGAACCCAAGGGCUGGAGGUGAAUACGGAAUACCUCUUAUGUACCAGGCACUGGGCUAGAUGCGUGGCAUACGUUAUCCCACUUAGUUAUCACAUAACCUAAUGUAAACAUUAUCACCAUUUACAGGUGAGGAAACUGAGGCACAGUUCAGUCAUAUGACUUAUCCAGGGUCCCAUAUCAGCGCUUCUCAAACCUUAACCUGCGUAUGGAUUCCCCUGGGGUCUGGUGCAAGUGCAGAUUCCGACUUAGUCGAACGCGGGGCCUGCCUAUGCUGCUGGUCCCCGGACACCGCUGAGAGCACCCAGGCUCAGGGAGUACAGGUGGAGCUGGGUUCCGCACCUGGGCCAAGGCUGUGGGGCUCUACAGCUCACGUUCUUGAUCCUCCACAACUAAGGACUUAUCCCAGCCUCUCCAUGGCUUUCAGCGAGACAGACGUGCUCGCUGGUAGUUCCUUUUGCUGGAGUAAAAGCUGCAGUAGCUGACUGCUCUCUUCCUUCCCUGGACAAAGGUGUAUCGUCUUUAAAACCAAACCAAACCUGCAUUAGGCACCUGCUGGCUUGUAAGGCAUGAUGUGAGCAGAUGGGCCCCUGCCUGGGAACUGGCAUCCUGAGCUAAUGCGGGUUCCUUAGACUCCCAUGGCCCUGCUCACCCAGCCCUUGGACACCCACUUUGGAGUCGUCCUCACAGCUUCCACCUCAGGAGUCCUUUACCUUUUGUACUUAAUGCCCUUUGAAAACCUAACAUAAACAUGGACUCACUUUGUUUCAUCUUAGUAGUCCCAAGGCCUCCCAGAAGACCAUGUCAGGACCCCCACCCCACACGUCUGCUGCAGAGCCCACUGAGGAGUUGGGGUGCUGCUGAAGUCAAGGUGCCAUCUGAAGCUACCUGCCCCCCCCAGCAAACCCAUGAUGCCCACCCAGAAUGUCUCUCCCAACAGCUGGCUCUAGGGGCCACCUCCAGAGAGCCACUUGAAUCCCCCCCACCUGGCAUGCGGUGCAGGGCAAACCAGGUUGCAAAUGACAAAAGCCUUCCCCAUCCAAAUUCCUUGCAGCCUGGACACCUGCCUGAGGGAGGGACCACGCCCACAGGAUGCCAGGGCUGUUUACUCCCUUGGGAAAAUCAGUCGAGGUCAGGGGUCUGGCACCAAGGAAAGCAAGACGGAUCUGGGAGAAACCAAAUAUGCCUGCUCUUUUCUCCUAUUCAAGUUCAAUGGGCAUGGGGAUAUUGGGGGGUGGGGCCGGGGAACAGAGAGAUCAAAGCCGGCUCUUUGGAAAUCGAAUCCGCAGGCAGUUUUGUCUUUGAGAGCAGACAACGCCCAUGCUGUGUGUGCCUCACAGGGGUGGCUGAUUGGAGACUGUGAUGGAGUCCUAAGGGUGUGGCUGCGGGCAAGAAACCCAGCAUUGCUUAGGCCUGAGGGGCAGCAAUUAGAUGGCUCUGGACACCAGCAAUGGAAAACAAAAGGGCAGGGACAAAGCUGAGAGGACCCACAGAACUAUCACUGCCCACCAGGCGAGUUCCACGGUUGGAAGCCGGGGCCUGUCCACUUGCACUAGCUACCUCCAUUUGGCAUUUGCCACUGGGGGGUUGGCAUGGAAUCCUCUCAACUCCAGAGUUAGGGACUCCCAACCCCCCUCAGUGUUUCCUCCGGCAGGAAGUGUUUCCUUAGGUAGGAAGUGUUUCCUUCGGUCUAUUUUACAUUUCUUCUGCUGGUACAGAAGCCAAUUAAUUUUCUCUACUCCCGGGUUCGGCCAGCUUUACCAUGAAGGGCUAGAGAAAUAUCUUAGGCCAUGUUCCAAUAAAACUAUCUGUGGACCCUGAGGUUUGAAUUUCAUAUAGUUUUCACAUGUCACAAACUCUUACUCGGCUCUUGAUUUUCUAAAACACAUUUAAAAAUGUAAAAACCUCUCCUCUUAACUUGUAGACUACACAAAAAUAGGCAGUCGGUUGGAUUUGGCCCACAGGCCGUGGUUUGCAGCUCCCUGCUCCAGUCUGCUGGUCUCAACCUUGGCUGCACAUUAGAAUAAUCUGAGGAAUUUUUAAAGGCACUGAUGCUCAGGGGCCCACCUGCAAAGAUUCUGGUUUAAUUGGCCUGAGUUGUUUCUGGGCUUCAUGAGUUUUCAAAGCUCUCCAGGUGGCCCUAAUGUGCACCUGGGCCCAAGAGCAUCUUGUGACAAAAGGCCUGCUCCACCUCUCACCAUCUUCAUGACCUUAGAAAACUCCCUUAAGGUCUCUAUGCCUUGAUUUCUUCAUCUGUAAAACGGGGAUAGUAACUUCUUUCCUAGGGGAAUUGUGAGAAGUAAUCGCAAAACCCUUAUACUGUGCUUCAGACAGUGCCCAGCACAUAAUAAGCCCCCAGUGUUAGCCAGUUUAUUUUCGAGGAUAAUUUUAGUAGGCGUUCCGUUCUUUGAUAAGGAUCCAUUGCAUAUUCAAAGAUCAUUUCUAAGUCACUGUUCAGGCGCCUUCCUCAAACGGUGUCCCCUGGAACACUGGGGCCCUGAGACGCUCCACGAGAAAGGAGUGGGGGUCCAAGAGGUUUGCAAAACUGCUCUGGACUCAGCCUGAGGCCGCAGAGCUGGAGGCGUGGGUGGCUUUGUGAUAACAGGUUCAUGGGUUUUUGAAAAUACA